CCUAAUGCUGGAUGGAAAGCUCAAAGAACUAAUCGAUUUAGUACAAUUGAUAAUGCUAAAUUAAUGAUGGGUGUUAUAUUUGAAGAUAAUAAUCAAAGAAUUAAAUUACGUCCAACAAUUAGACAUAAUGAUGUUAAUAUUAAAUUACCAAAAUUCUUUGAUUCACGUAAACAUUGGAAGAAUUGUCCAAGUAUUCGAACAAUACGUGAUCAAUCUUCAUGUGGUUCAUGUUGG